GGAAAAUAGUAAUCCAACAGGCGUUAGUUUUGGUAACGAUUUGAAGAAUACAGACAAUCAUGAAAAAUACAACAAUAAAAAAGGAUCGAUCAGUUUAUCUCGUACAUCCACUGGUCAAAGCUCAAAAGGAGAUACUAAAUCCAUUCGCAGUGCGAUGAUGGAAAAAAUGAAGUUUGUUAAACGACGACAAAAAGAUAAAAUUGUUCGAGUGGAAGGUCCUCCUUAUCAUACCAUGACUUUGGAUACUGUGGCUCAAUUGAUGAAAUCUGAUUUGGAAGACGGGCUCUCUGAUGAUGAAAUCAUAUCAAGACAAAAAGAAUAUGGUUAUAAUGAAAUGGAAGGUGAAGGUGGUGUUAAUCCUAUUAAAUUAUUAAUCAAACAAUUUAUCAAUAUCUUGGUCUUGAUUCUUUUGAUUGCAAUGGUUGUAUCUUUUGUCUUUAAAGAUUAUGUAGAAGGUGGUGUGAUUUGUGCCAUCAUGUUUCUAAAUGCUGGGGUGGGCUUUGCUCAAGAAUACAAGGCUGAAAAAACAAUGGAAUCUCUUCGUCAAAUGGCUUCUCCUACUGUCAAUGUCAUUCGUCAAGGACAACAAAAAACAAUUGCCACUCGUGAUCUUGUUCCUGGUGAUGUCAUUGUGAUGAAAAGUGGUGAUGUUAUUGGUGCUGAUUGUCGUGUCAUUGAAUCUUUCAAUAUGGAUAUUGAUGAAGCUCUUCUUACUGGUGAAUCUGUUCCUGUCAAUAAACAACCUCAAGUCAUUGAAGGAGAAUUGGUUCCUUUAGGUGAUCGCAUUAAUAUGUGUUAUUCUAGUACUACUCUUACAAAGGGUCGUGGUCGAGCCAUUGUUACUGCUAUUGGAAUGGAUACCGAGAUUGGAAAAAUCGCCAAACGUCUUUUGGAAGGAAGUGAUAGUUCUCGGACUCCAUUACAACGCUCUUUAGAUCGCAUGGCCGUGGUACUCUUGGUGGUUGCUGUCCUUUCCAUCAUUAUUGUAUUUGGUGCCAACAAGUUUUCCGGAAUUGAUGAUCAAGUCAUUCUCUAUGCUAUCUCUACAGCCAUUGCCGUGAUUCCUGAAGGUUUGAUUGCCGUUGUGACUCUCACUCAAGCCUUUGGGGUACAUUCUAUGGCACAAGCAAAUGCUCUAGUACGACGUAUGGCAGCUCUUGAAAUGCUUGGUGCGGUGACCAACGUAUGUUCUGAUAAGACAGGUACCUUGACACAAUCUAAAAUGGUGUUGACAAGAUUAUGGCGUCCAGAAGAAGGAUUUUACCGUGUUUCCGGUCUUGGAUUCUCGAUUGACGGCCAGGUGACGCCCGAACAAGAAGGUAAUACGAAUGUGGUGACCUCUGAAAAUAUGUCUACUGGAUUUCGACAAAUGGUCCUCAAUGCUGCUCUAUGCAAUAUGAGUGAAGUACGCAAGGAUAAGGAAGGUGACGGCUACCAUGGUAUCGGUGAUCCCACUGAAAUUGCUCUUCAAGUUUAUGCGCACAAGCUCCAAAUGGGAAAACCUCAAUUGACAAAUAAUAAAGUCGAAGAUAACAACAAGGAAAAUUGGAAGGUAUUAGUCGAAUAUCCGUUUGAUUCUACUAUCAAGCGUAUGAGUGUAAUCUGUGAAACUCCUCAAGGAAAUCGUGUUGCUUAUCUCAAGGGGGCAACUGAACGUGUAUUGGAAAGCUGUGUUGGUGUACAAAUGUCUCAUGGUGUAGAAUCGAUGAAUCAAGAUCAGUUGGAAGCUUUGAUUUUACCUCAAGUUGAAGAACUUGCACGUGGUGGAUUGCGAGUAUUAUCUUUGGCUACUCGUCAAUUGAAAACGGAUGGAUUGAUUAGUUAUGAUACGUUUAAGCGUGAAGAUAUUGAACAAGAUAUGAUCUUUUGUGGUUUGGUUGGUAUUUAUGAUCCUCCUCGUGUGGAAUCUAAGGGUGCAGUAGAAAAAUGUCAUCUUGCUGGAAUCACUGUCCAUAUGCUUACUGGUGAUCAUGUGGCAACGGCUACAGCAAUUGCUCGUGAAGUUGGUAUUUUACCUGAAGAUUAUGGUUUGGAACAAACGACAAAACCUGAAAUGGUGGUUGGACGCUCUAGUUUAGUGAUGCCUGCUACAGAAUUUGACCGAUUAAGCGAAGAACAGGUGGAUGCACUACCUGAACUCCCUCUUGUAGUGGCUCGUUGUAGUCCUGAUACAAAGGUCAAGAUGAUUGAAGCUCUUCAUCGACGCAAACGCAUUAGUGGCAUGACUGGUGAUGGCGUGAAUGAUAGUCCAAGUUUGAAGGAAUCGGAUAUUGGGAUUGCUAUGGGACAAAAUGGUUCUGAUGUGGCGAAACAAGCUGCCGAUAUUGUUCUUGUGGAUGACAAUUUUGCUACGAUUGUUAGUGCUGUUGAAGAAGGACGUCGAGUAUUUGCCAAUAUCUCUCGUUUUUGUGUACACAUGGUUUCUGUAAAUGUUGCUGAAGUCACACCUUUACUCUUGGGCCUUAUAUUUUUGGAUAAUACUGGUCGUUCCGUGUUCCCCUUAUCACCUAUUCAAAUCUUAUUCAACAACGUGGUAACCAGUUCUCCUCCUGCCAUGGCUCUUGGUCUUGAACCUGUCCAUCCUCAACAAAUGCUUGUACCUCCUCGAUCUACAUCUGAAGGCUUAUUUUCUCGAAGCAAUGUGGUGGAUAUUCUUUAUUAUGGUGUGAUGAUGGGUUUGAUUUGUUUAGCCAAUUUCGCUAUUGUGAUCUUCGGAUGGGGUGAUGGCAACUUGGGAUCCAAUUGCAAUUUGCAUUAUGAUUCCUCUUGUUUCUUGGUAUAUCGUGCACGUGGAGCUCUCUUUGCUACAAUGACAGUUCUCCUGUUACUUCAUGGUUAUACUUGUCGUGAUCUCAAGCAUCCUGCCUGGAGUUGGAAAGCGCUAACAACCAAACAGAAUUAUUAUUUACAUGGAAGUACAAUCUUUGGGUUUUCGAUCAUGUUUGUCGCUCUUUAUGUGCCAGUUCUGAAUACUGAAGUCUUCCGACAUGCUCCUAUUGAUUGGGAAUGGGGAAUGGUGGCUGCCUCUACUUUGGUUUAUAUUGCCUUUGCCGAAGGUUGGAAAUGGUUACGACGUACUUGGUUGACCCGUAUCUAGUAUAUCCAAUAUUUUUAUUAUAGUUUACCU